AUUUGGAGCAUAUGAUGAUGAAUUCAAUUGGAGAAAGAAUGACAAAGAGAGAGAUUUGGGAAAAUGAAGACGAAAGUUUAUUGAAGAAUGAGAAUAGUGGAACAGAUGAUGAACCUAAGAUUAACUACAGAGGGUGGAAGGUCAUGCCCUUCAUUAUUGGAAAUGAGAUUUUUGAGAAGCUAGGGGCCAUUGGCACUUUAUCCAAUCUAUUGGUAUAUCUUACUACAGUAUUCAACUUGGAAAACAUCACAGCUACAAAUAUUAUCAACAUCUUCAACGGCAGCACCAACUUUGCUACAUUACUAGGAGCUUUUUCCUCUGAUACCUAUUUUGGUCGCUACAAGACACUGGCAUUCUGUACAGUGGCUUCCUUUCUGGGUUUGCUUGUAAUACAACUGACAGCGGCAAUUGACAAGCUGCAUCCACCUCAUUGUGAAGAAAGCACCAUAUGCCAAGGGCCAACAGAGGGACAAAUGACAUUUCUAAAGACUGGAUUAGGACUAUUGAUGGUAGGAGCUGCAGGGAUCCGACCAUGUAACUUAGCAUUUGGAGCUGAUCAGUUUAAUCCUAACACAGAUUCUGGGAAAAAGGGGAUAAAUAGCUUCUUCAAUUGGUACUUUUUCACUUUCACUAUUGCUCAGUUGGUAUCCUUAACAUUUAUUGUUUAUAUACAGUCAAAUGUAAGUUGGGCAGUCGGUUUGGGAAUUCCUGCAGCUUUGAUGCUCUUAUCUUCUGUAAUCUUCUUCAUUGGGGCCAAAAUGUAUGUGAAAGUUAAGCCUAGUGGUAGUCCUUUAACCAGUAUAGUGCAAGUUAUAGUGGUAGCAAUGAAGAAAAGAAGGCUGAAGCUCCCAGAAUAUAUAUAUCCUUCCCUCUUCAACUACGUGGCUCCCAAGUCCAUGAAUUCUAAACUUCCCUAUACAUACCAAUUCAGGUUCCUCGACAAAGCAGCAAUCAUGACUCCACAAGAUCAAAUAAAUCCCAAUGGAUCUGCUAUUGAUCCCUGGAAUCUUUGCAGCAUGCAGCAAGUGGAAGAGGUUAAAUGCUUGUUGAGAGUGUUACCUAUAUGGGUUUCAUGCAUUUUGUACUAUGUUGUUAUCGUCCAACAACACACCAUUUUGGUGUUCCAAGCCCUUCUAUCUGACAGGCGUAUUGGACAAAGUAAGUUCAUGAUCCCAGGAGCAUCCUACUAUGUCUUCCUGAUGAUUAGUGUGGCAAUUUGGUUACCCAUGUAUGACCGAAAAGUUGCACCUUUACUCCAAAGGUUCACUGGAAAAGAGGGUGGCAUCACACUCCUUCAGAGGAUGGGCAUUGGCAUAUUUUUCUCUAUACUCAGCAUGCUAGUAUCUGCUAAAGUUGAAGAGAACCGUAGAACUUUGGCUCUGAUUAAACCUUUAGGAGUGGAAACAAGAAAAGGUGCAAUAUCAUCAAUGUCUGGUCUGUGGCUGAUUCCUCAGCUAACAUUGGCUGGACUAGCAGAAGCAUUUAUGUCUGUUGCACAAGUUGAAUUUUACUACAAACAGUUUCCUGAGAAUAUGAGAAGCAUUGCAGGUUCUCUUUACUACUGUGGCCAUGCAGGGUCAAGUUAUUUGAGUAGCAUGCUUAUUUCAGUUAUACACCAAAUCACUGCCAGAUCUGAAACUGGGAAUUGGUUGCCAGAGGAUUUGAACAAAGGGAGAUUGGAUAACUUCUACUGCAUCAUUGCUGCUUUAGAAACUAUGAAUUUAGCCUACUUUGUGUUAUGUGCAAGGUGGUAUAGGUACAAAGGGACAAGCAGCAGUUCUAUUGAACUUGAAAAAGUGACAAAACAAUCUGAAAGAAGUGCUAAUGGUGUUAAUCAUUAGAAGUCUAUAGCUAAUGGAUAGAGAUGGGCUACAACAAUUUUUCAUCAAGUGGAGCCAUUACUACAAAGGUUAAAAUCACAGAGAGUAAAUCA